UCAAGCAAUCAUACUGAUAGCCUACGGCUGCCUGAUGCUGUGUAGCUAUAGCGAGAACCGCAGCUGCAAGCAACAAGGGCCUUCUCUCAAAACACUCUUACGCCUAUGGGCAAUACGAAAUCAAUUGAAGAAUUCAUCUCAACAGCAAAGGCCAAGUGCAAUUGUUCCAUAUCCCUAUUGUAAGACAUCUGACAAUAUUGAAUCAAAAAAAUCAACUUCAGGGUCUGGUGUAGAGUACAGAAUUAAACUGCCUCUAUACAAUGGCAAGCCCGUUAAAACUAAUAUAUACGUUGACCUACCACCUUCCAUGUAUCCUUCACCUAAAAAAGAUUCAACAGAAUCAGAUAGCUGUGGUGAAGAAAAAGAAAAGCCAGAAUAUAAAAACGGUGCCGAUGAAACUAAACCUUCCAAAGACAAGCCAUCAAAGGAUAUGAAUAACAAAAAGGAAGAAGACGGUGAAGAUAAAGACCAAUCUAGUGAACAAUCUUGUACUGACAAAAAACCAGAAGAGUCAAAUAAACCAAGUAACAAAAAAGAUGAGUCGAAAGAAGAGAAGGACAACUAUGAUGAAAAAUGUGAUACCGAUGACAAAAUAUCUGAAGGCACUACUAAGCCUGAUGGUAAAAAAGAUGAACCAAAGUCAACAAAGACCAGCGAUAAAUCAAAACCUACCGUAGGUAAAACAGCGGAUGGCACCAAAGAUGAAAAAAAAGGUGAAACAGGUGAUAAACCGUCCACCGGAAAAAAACCGGAAGACUCAACUAAUAAAGAUGAACCAAAGACCAGCGAUGAAUCUAAACCUGUCGCAAGUGAAACAUCAAAGGAUACAAAGGAUGGCGCCAAAGAUGAAAAAAAAGAUAAAACCGAUGAUAAACCUUCCACCGGAAAAAAACCGAAAGAUUCAACUAAUAAAGAUGAACCAAAGACCGGCGAUGAAUCUAAACCUGUCGCAGGUGAAACAUCAAAGGAUAAAAAGGAUGGCGACAAAGAUGAAAAAAAAGAUGAAACAGAUGAUAAACCUUCCACCGGAAAAAAACCGAAAGACUCAAUUAAUAAAGAUGAACCAAAGACCGGCGAUGAAUCUAAACCUGUCGCAGGUGAAACGUCAAAGGAUACAAAGGAUGGCGCCAAAGAUGAAAAAAAAGAUGAAACAGGUGAUAAACCUUCCGCCGAAAAAAAACCUGAAGACUCAACUAAUAAAGAUGAACCAAAGACCGGCGAUGAAUCUAAACCUGUCGCAGAUGAAACAUCAAAGGAUACAAAGAAUGGCGCUAAAGAUGAAAAAAAGAAUGAAAAAAAAGAUGAAACAAGUGAUAAACCUUCCACCGGAGAAAAACCUGAAGACUCAACUAAUAAAGAUAAACCAAAGACCGGCGAUGAAUCUAAACCUGUCGCAGAUAAAACAUCAAAAGAUACAAAGAAUGGCGCCAAAGAUGAAAAAAAGGAUGAAAAAAAAGAUGAAACAAGUGAUAAACCUUCCACGGGAGAUAAACCUGAAGACUCAACUAAUAAAGAUGAACCAAAGACCGGCGAUGAAUCUAAACCUGUCGCAGAUGAAACAUCAAAAGAUACAAAGGAUGGCGCCAAAGAUGAAAAAAAAGAUAAAACAGGCGAUAAACCUUCCACCGGAAAAAAACCUGAAGACUCAACUAAUAAAGAUGGACCAAAGACCGGCGAUGAAUCUAAACCUGUCGCAGAUGAAACGUCAAAGGAUACAAAGAAUGGUGCUAAAGAUGAAAAAAAGGAUGGAAAAAAAGAUGAAACAAGUGAUAAACCUUCCACCGGAGAAAAACCUGAAGACUCAACUAAUAAAGAUAAACCAAAGACCGGCGAUGAAUCUAAACCUGUCGCAGAUAAAACAUCAAAAGAUACAAAGAAUGGCGCCAAAGAUGAAAAAAAGGAUGAAAAAAAAGAUGAAACAAGUGAUAAACCUUCCACCGGAGAAAAACCUGAAGACUCAACUAAUAAAGAUGAACCAAAGACCGGCGAUGAAUCUAAACCUGUCGCAGAUGAAACAUCAAAAGAUACAAAGGAUGGCGCCAAAGAUGAAAAGAAAGAUAAAACAGGCGAUAAACCUUCCACCGGAAAAAAACCUGAAGACUCAACUAAUAAAGAUGGACCAAAGACCGGCGAUGAAUCUAAACCUGUCGCAGAUGAAACGUCAAAGGAUACAAAGAAUGGUGCUAAAGAUGAAAAAAAGGAUGGAAAAAAAGAUGAAAAAAGUGAUAAACCUUCCACCGGAAAAAAACCUGAAGACUCAACUAAUAAAGACGGACCAAAGACCGGCGAUGAAUCUAAACCUGUCGCAGAUGAAACGUCAAAGGAUACAAAGAAUGGUGCUAAAGAUGAAAAAAAGGAUGGAAAAAAAGAUGAAACAAGUGAUAAACCUUCCACCGGAAAAAAACCUGAAGACUCAACUAAUAAAGAUGAACCAAAGACCGGCGAUGAAUCUAAACCUGUCGCAGAUGAAACAUCAAAAGAUACAAAGAAUGGCGCCAAAGAUGAAAAAAAGGAUGAAAAAAAAGAUGAAACAAGUGAUAAAACUUCCACCGGAGAAAAACCUGAAGACUCAACUAAUAAAGAUGAACCAAAGACCGGCGAUGAAUCUAAACCUGUCGCGGGUGGAACAUCAAAGGAUACAAAGGAUGGCGCCAAAGAUGAAAAAAAAGAUGAAACAGGUGAUAAACCUUCCACCGGAAAAAAACCGGAAGACUCAACUAAUAAAGACAAACCAAAGACCGGCGAUGAAUCUAAACCUGUCGCAGGUGAAACAUCAAAGGAUACAAAGGAUGGCGCCAAAGAUGAAAAAAAAGAUGAAACAGGUGAUAAACCAGGCAAAAAACCGGAAGGAUCUCUAGAUAACAAAGAACAGCCUAAAGACAAUAAACCCACUGAUUUGGCUUAAACCCCCUGUGAACGACACUUCAAAGGCUGCAGGUAGCACAGCCGACGACAAAUCGUAACAUACCGACAGUACAAAUAAAGACAUGCAGAUAUAAAGAACAUGGGACGCUAAAAUAGAACCUCCCAUUCAGAAUAAUGACGCUGCAAUCCGCAGCGCGGGUUUCCCCUGGGGACCGGACAUCUAACAUAUCACGUAGACCUCAUGUUCCUUUCUAGAUUUAUAAUUAUUUACAAACAGUGAACGAUUUAUGGAUAAGUCAACAUUUUUUAGCCUUAUUAAUUAUAUUAUACAUAGUGUAUCAAAAAUAGAUUACAGUCUGAUAAUAAAAUUGUAUAUAAAUCAUAAUCCG